AUGUCUUCAGUGAGCUACAAGUCGCAUCGCAAGAUUCUCAUGUUCGAUGGGAUGGACUAUCCCUUCGGGAAGGAGAAGAUGAAGAUCCGUCUCCGAGCAAUUGAUGAUGAUAUGUGGAAUGUGGUGCAGUUCAGGAAGAGCCAGUUCCAGAAGAAAGGUUCAAGCAACUCUGGCAGUUCAAAAUCUUCAUCAAAACCAACUGGAGACUACACCUGUUUCAAGUGCAAAAAUCCAGGACAUUUCAUUUCGGACUGCCCUCUCUGGGAAGCUGAAAUCCGUGAGAGUGGAAAAUAUGAUUCAGGAAGCUUUCGAGGCAAAAUCAAGAGCAAUAACUAUGACUCCGAUGAUGAGAAGAAAACAAAGAAGUUCUUCAAGAAGAAGGACAACUCCACCUCAAAAUCUUCAUCAAGAUCUUCCUCAAGGAAUCCUUCCAAGUCCUCCUCCAACCGCAAGAAUAACUCUCGCAAGGCCAAGGCAUACAUCGGCAAGGAGAUUGAUCCUGAUGAAGAAGAAUCAUCUUACUCUGAAGAAGCUGAUGAAUCCAAUGAGGAUUCCGACUCUGGCAUGGCUAGCAUAGCAUAUGCCUCCUCCCAUGCAAAAAACUUCUUCGGAAAUCCGUCAAGUGACGAUGAAUCUCCUGCCUACUGCUUCAUGGCCAAAGCCUCGAAAGAAAAGGACUAUGUCCCUGGGUGUACCAAACAGAUAAUUGAUAGUGGAUGCACUAGUCAUAUGACCGGAGACAAGUCUUUGUUUGUCGACCCCAACUUAACUGCUUCAUCUCUGAAGUACAUUACUUUCAGUGACAAGAACAAAAGAAAGGCUGAUGCUAUUAACACUGCUUGUCAUGUUAUCAAUCGUGUUUAUCUUCACAAAAUCCUUAAGAAAACUUCAUAUGAGCUUAUCACUGGGAAGAAACCAAAUGGUUCUUAUUUACGUGUUUUUGGUGCAUCUUGUUACAUUCAUGACAUGAAUAAUUCUUCCAAGUUUGCAGCUAAGGCACAUGAAGGGAGCGUGAAGCCAGUUAAAGGAAAUGUACCUGAGUCCUCUGAUGAUGAUGCUGCCAUGACUCGAAGCAGAACUCGCCAAGCCACUACCGAAGAAAAUGCCACUCCAAAUACAAAUGGCAACCUGAAUCCAAUUUCUAAUCAAAAUGAACCUACCAAGUAUGAGGAAUCCAUAAAUGAUCCAGAUUGGAUGAAUGCAAUGCAAGAGGAGUUGGUGCAAUUUGAACUGAAUGAUGUUUGGGAAUUGGUUGACAAACUGAAUCCUAAGAAGCACAAUAUCAUCGACACAAAAUGGAUAUUCAGGAACAAGCAAGAUGAGAAUGGCAUUGUUGUGGGAAACAAAGCACGUCUUGCCGCUCAAGGGUAUACACAGGUAGAAGGUAUUGAUUUCGGUGAAACAUAUGCUCCUGUUGCACGCCUUGAGACAAUUCGUAUUCUUCUUUCUUAUGCAAAUUACAAUGAUAUCGUGCUUUAUCGAAUGGAUGUGAAAAGUGCUUUCCUUAAUGGUGAACUUGAUGAGGAAGUAUAUGUUAGAUAG